AUGAACUCUUCAGCAAAACCCUUGCUUUUCUGCUCCGUUCUUCUCAUUUUCAUCUCACUCAACUCGCACGUUUCGGCUCAGUCCGAGGAACCCAGCUUGAAACUCACGACUGAUGCAUCAUUUGAAUGGCCAAUGGGGAUGUCGUUUUACGAGGGUGAGUUCGGAGAAGUUAAUGAAGAAGUACAAGAAGACGACUUGGGUAAUAGGAGGUCUUUGUUUUGGCACAGAAUGAGGUACUACAUUUCGUAUGGCGCGCUUGCGGCUAACAGAAUUCCAUGUCCACCGCUCUCUGGGAGGUCGUAUUAUACUCAUAACUGCUUUAGAGCUAGAGGGCCUGUUAAUCCUUAUACUAGGGGUUGUUCUGCAAUUACUCGUUGUCGUAUAUAG